ACUCACUCGCCGUAGCGGCCGAACCUGCUACAUCGUUUUAAUUAAUAUAUUGUUAUUUAUACACACAUACAUAAUAAGAAAUCUGUAAUAAUGUUGCUAUCAAAUAUUUUAAUUAGUGUCCUUGUGUUGUACGGUUGCGGAAUAGUUAAUACAAAAGAAUGCAGCGACUGUGUACCGCUGCGAUCUUGUCGGAGGGCCGUGGAACUUGCGAUCGCGAAGAAGGACCAAGAUUCAAGACAGAAGUUCAAAAAUGCUUUCUGUGGCGAAGAAAACCGUGAACCUAAGGUAUGCUGUUCAGAUUUUUCCGAGGAUGAGAUCGAGAAUCAUCCGAACGCCGCACUCUUACCAAAGGACUGUGGAGACAUCGAUGGCAGCCGUAUCUUCGGUGGCCGAAUCGCCAAGUUAUACGAAUUCCCCUGGAUGGCACUCAUCUCUUAUUAUACAAGAGAAGGUCUACAAUUUCAAUGCGCAGGAAGUGUCAUCAACACUAGAUACAUUUUGACGGCUGCCCACUGUGUCGUUCCGAAGAAGAAGAUUGCUGGCGUGCGCAUUGGAGAGUUUGACGUCUUCAGCAAAAAUGACUGCCAGGGGGAUCCCUACAACGCUAUUUGCGAAUCUAAUCUACAGGACAUACUCGUUGAUAAGGUUACUAUCCAUCCGGAAUACCAAGGUGAACCACCGGUACAAUACGACAUCGCUCUGAUACGCCUACAAUCACCGAUCGAUUUCUCAUUCAAAAACGCAGCGCCUAUCUGUUUGCCAGUGCCAAGGAAGCUCCGCAGUAUAGAAGUUGGGGGCAGGAAUGCAACUGUCGCUGGCUGGGGCUCCACUGAGGCCGGCCCUGACUCUCCCUUGCUACUAAAGGUUGACGUUCCCAUUAGAACGGGCGAAGCUUGCCGCAAAUACUAUAACAAAAACUCUGGACCAGGCACAGACAAGACUGAUAAAACCCUCUGCGCUGGGGAAUACAAGAAGGACUCGUGCAGCGGGGACUCUGGUGGCCCCAUGAUGAUCGAGGAAGAGUACGAGGGGGUAUUCCGGAUGAUUCAGUACGGCAUCGUCUCAUACGGCCCCAGGCAGUGUGGUUCCACAUAUCCAGGGGUCUACACUGACGUCACAAAGUUCGUCAAGUGGAUUCUUGACAACAUUAAAGCAUAAUUUAUUCUAACAUAAGAUAUCUAAACAAACUUAUUAUAUUCUGAACAUUGACUUGUCUUGCACGGAUAGCCAUUUUUUUUGUUGACAAUCUCACCAUGAUAAAUGCAGAUGCAGUCUAAAAUGUUUAUACGCGACAUCGUACUGGAAUGCUAAAUUGUUUGGAUGCACGUAUUGGUUCUUUUCAUCUAUCACAUCUAAAGCUUCUCUACGCUACGAAUAUAUAUUCAGAAUCCAUUCAAAUCAAGAACUCUUUAUUCAAAUAGGUCUAUCACCUUUGAAACGUGUAUACAUAUUUAUUUACAAUAAAGAGAGUUGAUGGUGUUAAGUACGUUCGUUAACUCGAAGCUAAAAAUAAGCCUACCACACUAUCAGUGAUUCAGUUAACGAAAGGUAAGCAGAAAUGGCAGAGGGCAGGCCAGAUUGCCGCUGGGUCAGUCAUGUACUGGAGUAAGGAACACGUACCCGACGGAUGGUCCGAUGGUGGAAAAUAGCUGGUAAAAGAUAAACACGGCUAGUGACAAAGAAUGCGGUUUCAGCCUAUCUGAUCUUCGGUAUCCUGAUGAGCUGAUUGAAAGAUUGCACAAGUAUUAAGACCGCCUUUGCAUACCAAUGUUUACAAACCCGAUUUUACUGCUAAGGCGCGUCUAUAAAUGUUUCACAGUACAUCAUUUUUUUUAUUGAUGAUAAAUAAAUGUUUAGUCAAGUA